UGUCAUCCUACCCGGCCGGCCGGGCUGCCAGGGCCCUCCCCCUCCCGGCCCCCUCCCUUCCUCUCGCCGUCUGGCAGUCGCUCUGCAGCCUCCGGCGACUGGGGGGAUGUGAGGCCGGCGCCCCAGCCCCCGGCCCCGCCAUGAGCCCCCCACUCUGAGGGCCCCGGCCCCUGGAUGCACAGCCCCGGCGCCGGCUACCCCUCUCCCUGUGCAGACACGCCGGAUUCUCAGACUCAGCCAAUGGACCUGCGGGUGGGCCAGCGGCCUGCAGUGGAGCCCCCGCCAGAGGCCCCACUUCUGGCCCUGCAGCACCCCCCGCGCCUGCACCGCCACCUCUUCCUAGCAGGCCUGCAGCAGCAGCAACAGCGCCCGGCCGAGCCCAUGAGGCUCUCCAUGGACCCAUCGAUGCCCGAACUGCAGGGUGGGCAGCAGGAGCAAGAGCUGCGACAGCUUCUCAAUAAGGACAAGAGCAAACGAAGCGCUGUAGCCAGCAGUGUGGUGAAGCAGAAACUGGCCGAGGUGAUCCUGAAGAAACAGCAGGCAGCCCUGGAGAGGACAGCUCAUACCAAUAGCCCCAGCAUUCCCUACAGAACUCUUGAGCCCCUGGACACGGAAGGAGCUGCUCGCUCCAUGCUUAGCAGCUUUCUGCCUCCCAUUCCCAGCCUGCCCAGUGACCCCCCUGAACACUUCCCCCUACGUAAGACAGCCUCUGAGCCCAACCUGAAGCUGCGCUACAAACCUAAGAAAUCCCUGGAGCGAAGGAAGAACCCGCUGCUCAGGAAGGAGAGUGCACCGUCCAGUCUCCGGCGGCGACCUGCAGAGCCUCUGGGAGACUCCUCCCCCAGUAGUAGCAGCACGCCCGCCUCAGGGUGCAGCUCCCCCAAUGACAGCGAGCAUGGCCCCAACCCUGUCCUGGGCUCCGAGGCGCUCUUGGGCCAGCGGCUGCGGCUGCAGGAGACUUCUCUGGCCCCAUUCGCCUUGCCGACAGUGUCCUUGCUGCCCGCAAUUACACUGGGACUGCCCGCCCCCGCCAGGGCGGACGGAGACCGCAGGACCCAUCCGACUCUGGGCCCUCGGGGUUCAGUCCUGGGGAGCUCCCAUACUCCCCUCUUCCUGCCCCAUGGUCUGGAUCCCGAGGCCGGGGGCACUCUGCCCUCUCGCCUGCAGCCCAUUCUCCUCCUGGAUCCCUCAGUCUCUCAUGCCCCCCUGCUGACUGUGCCCGGGCUUGGGCCCCUGCCCUUCCACUUUGCCCAGUCCUUACUCACCACCGAGCGGCUCUCUGGGUCAGGCCUCCACCGGCCACUGAGCCGGACCCGCUCGGAGCCCCUGCCCCCCAGCACCACCGCCCCCCCACUGCUGGGCCCCCUGCAGCCCUGCCUGGAGCAGCUCGAGCCUCACUUCCAGCUGAUCAAGAGAACAGCCAAGUCAAGUGAGAAGCCCCGGCUACAGCAGAUACCCUCGGCUGAGGACCUGGAGACAGAUGGCGGGGGAGCCGGCCAGGUGGUAGAUGGCAGCCUGGAACACAGGGAGUCGAGCCAUAGGCAGCCUGAGGCCAGGGGCCCUGUUCCUCUUCAGCAGCACCAGCAGGUGUUGCUCUGGGAGCGGCAGCGUCUGUCUGGGCGGCUGCCCCGAGGGAGCCCUGGGGACUCUGUGCUGCUCCCCCUGGCCCAGGGCGGACACCGGCUCUUGUCUAGGACUCAGUCCUCCCCUGCUGCACCUGCCUCACUACCAACUCCAGAGCCCACUUGCCAGCCCCGGGUCCUCUCCAGCUCCGAAGCCCCUGCCAAGACCCUGCCCUUUAUCACAGGGCUGGUCUAUGAUUCCGUAAUGCUGAAGCACCAGUGCUCCUGCGGAGACAACAGCCGGCACCCGGAGCAUGCUGGCCGCAUCCAGAGCAUCUGGUCCCGGCUGCAAGAGCGAGGCCUCCGGAGCCAGUGUGAGUGUCUCCGGGGCCGGAAGGCCUCCCUAGAGGAGCUUCAGUCAGUCCACUCUGAGCGGCACAUGCUUCUAUAUGGCACCAACCCACUCAGCCGCCUUAAACUGGACAACGAGAAGCUGUCAGAGCUCCUGGCACAGCGGAUGUUUGUGAUGCUGCCCUGUGGUGGGGUUGGGGGCCUGAGCAGACUCAGCUGGGGCUUAAAACCCCCUCCAGGCCCAAACCCCAAUCCCGCCCAGGUGGAUACUGACACCAUCUGGAAUGAGCUGCAUUCUUCCAAUGCAGCCCGUUGGGCUGCUGGCAGUGUCACUGACCUCGCCUUCAAAGUGGCUUCCCGAGAGCUCAAGAACGGUUUUGCUGUGGUGCGGCCCCCAGGACACCAUGCAGAUCAUUCCACGGCCAUGGGCUUCUGCUUCUUCAACUCGGUAGCCAUUGCCUGCCGUCAGCUGCAACAACAAGGCAAGGCCAGCAAGAUCCUCAUUGUAGACUGGGAUGUUCACCAUGGCAAUGGCACCCAGCAGACCUUCUACCAGGACCCCAGUGUGCUGUACAUCUCCCUGCAUCGCCACGAUGAUGGCAACUUCUUCCCCGGCAGUGGGGCUGUGGAAGAGGUCGGAGCUGGCAGUGGUGAGGGCUUCAAUGUCAAUGUGGCCUGGGCUGGAGGCCUGGAGCCUCCCAUGGGGGAUCCCGAGUAUCUGGCUGCAUUCAGGAUAGUCGUGAUGCCCAUCGCCCAAGAAUUCUCUCCAGAUCUGGUCCUGGUAUCAGCUGGGUUUGAUGCUGCUGAGGGUCACCCAGCCCCUCUGGGUGGCUACCAUGUCUCUGCCAAAUGUUUUGGGUACAUGACACAGCAGCUGAUGAACUUGGCAGGAGGCGCUGUGGUGCUAGCCUUGGAGGGUGGCCAUGACCUCACAGCCAUCUGCGAUGCCUCCGAGGCUUGUGUGGCUGCUCUUUUGGGCAACAAGGUGGAUCCCCUUUCAGAAGAAAGCUGGAAACAGAAACCCAACCUCAAUGCCAUCCGUUCCCUGGAAGCUGUGAUCCGGGUGCACAGUAAAUAUUGGGGCUGCAUGCAGCGCCUAGCCUCCUCUCCGAACCUCUGGGUGCCCAGGGUACCAGGGGCUGAUGCAGAAGAAGUAGAGGCUGUGACCGCACUGGCAUCCCUCUCUGUGGGCAUCCUGGCUGAAGAUAGGCCCUCAGAGCAACUGGUGGAAGAGGAAGAACCGAUGAAUCUCUAAGACCUUGGGAUGGAUUAGCCCGCCCACCUUGUCCUUCUGACAUGGCUCUGGCUCUCUGAGGCUCUACUACUGGUCCCAUUCCUGGGUCUUCAGAGAUCAUGUGGGCAGGUAGUUGGGACCAGACAACAGCCUGCCUUACAGUCACUCUACCCAGGGAGCUUGAGAAGGUCCCUGGGUCCAGGAUGCGGACCAGAUAGGACCCUGAGAAGAGGCAGGCUGGGUACCAGCCCCAGCAGGGCCCACUCAAGAACAGAGGGAGCCCCCCUGGUAUCUGGGCCCCCGGCUGUGGCCUCCAUCCCUCAGGACUGCACAGAGGAGGGCUGGCUUAGGUGGACCUAGCCUUAACCACUAUUCUUGGCUCUGCAGACCCCAGACUUUGCACACAGCCCCAGGCUCCAUGCAGAAAUGUGAACUUGGCCUCAGCAAGGGUGGCCCUUCCUAGGUUCUGCAGGGUAGCUCAGAGGGCAGGAGGUCCCCUAUUUCUGAGUGCUGAGGGGAUGACAGCCCCCACCCCAUGCCUUUGGAAGCUUCCUGCACCACUGGGUACCAAGAGCCAGAUACACUCCUGAGAGUGCAAACUUCCCGUCUGAUUGCUGCCCCAACUAGAGGCCAGCCUAUGUCAACCAUCUCAGUUCCCUGGUGGAGCAGACAGGUGCUCUCAGAGUCCUGUUCUUCCUGAUCCGAUGGUGGCAAGCCUUUAUCUCCCCUCAGAAGCACAGCAAGACCCCCAGGAUUCCCUCAGUGACCACCCCCCCCCAUGAGCCUUCUGUUUUCUGGGGUCUCCUCCACCCUGCUCUGUCCUGCCCCACAUAGGACUAGCAUGGCCGAGGGGGAAGAGGGUGGGAGAGUAGACACAGACAUAGGGGAGGGGAGACUGCCCUGGCAGAGUUUUCAAGGUUUUUGGGGUCCCUGCCUGGGGCCAAGAAGGAUAGUAUUUGUGUGUGUGAAUGUGAAUGAGAGACUGUGUGUGUGUGUGUAUGUGUGUGUGUGUGUGUCUUCCCCAGGACCCACCAUACCUUGUGUAUGUAUGCAUGUUUUUGUAAAAAAGAAAAAAUGGAAAAAAAAUCUGAACAGUAAAUGUUUUAUUUGCUUUAA